CUCUCUUCCACCUUCAUGUUUUCGUGUUUUGCGGUAAUAAACUAAACAUUCAUUGAUAAAAUGCACUCCUUUCAUUACCUGUCUGUCACUUUGUUAAUCGGCUUUAGCGGGGUCCAGUCGUCCGUACAUGACCGCUCGCGCAGGUUGGCGCACGUACGCGCCCUAAGUGGUUCCGACCAGCCCCGGGCUCUCGAUAUCUCUGUCAAUCAGUCGAGAGAUACGAAAAUCUCAAAGAGAGAUACAUUCACUUAUUUUCAAGAUGGCAAUGGUGCCUGUGGAGGUUUCAAUGGUCCUAACGACUAUGAUUUUGCUGGAGGUAGCCAUUGCUUCCAAACGAUAACUAUCACCGUGAAUGGAAAGUCGGCGCAGGCCCAGAUUGUGGACGAGUGCCUUGGAUGUCCUUGCGGGGGACUGGACUUUAGUCAGGGUCUUUUUGAGUUCUUCGCAUCAACCAGCGUUGGAGAAUUAUCUGGAUCGUGGAGUUAUGGCACUAGUGCUUCUACCUCGUCCACGCUUCUGCCGUCCACGACGACCCAACAGUCUUCCACUAGUACUUGGACGUCACCUACUACCACCUCAUCAAGUACUCCUACACCCACAUCCACCCUCACAACUACGAGUACCCUCAUAGCCACAACCACACCUAUGACUUCAGUUCCCCUACCGACUACAUCUUCAUCCACUGCAUCUCCCCUCCCUGCUUUUAGCCCCGACAAUCCUCAAAUCCUUGCACAAAUUAAUCUUGGGCUGAUUGAGUUUGGUUCACUGCUCCAAGCUUGUGCAGCAUCGUCUUCGGAAUAAUAGAUAUUUAUGCCCUUCUUGAAACGCUCGCCUUUAAAUACGCACCACGUUCUUGUAUAAAUCUUUUUACCACUUAUAGGCGUGAUCCAGAG